UUUAUCUCAUGGCAAUAUUAUUUAGAUGUCCGACGUCGGCGUUUCACUUACGUGUUAUGUUUAUAAUUUUAUUUAUUAAAGUUUUAUACCGUUAACAUAAAAUGAAAUUCAGAUACAUUUUCUUUUUGUGCUGGGUGACGGUAAACUGUGAUGAACAUACACAUACGUAUACAGAUGGAGAACAAGUUGUGCUAUGGAUGAAUACCGUAGGCCCAUAUCACAAUCGACAAGAGACUUACGCAUAUUUUUCAUUACCGUUUUGUGCCGGUACCAAAGUUACUAUCGGCCACUACCAUGAAACCUUAUCCGAAGCGUUACAAGGUGUUGAAUUGGAAUUCAGUGGUUUGGAUAUAACUUACAAGGAUAAUGUACCAGCCCAGGAAUUUUGUGCCAUAGAAUUAAAUGAUCAAUCCUACAAAGCUCUCGUGUAUGCAGUCAAGAAUCACUAUUGGUAUCAGAUGUACAUCGAUGAUUUACCAAUUUGGGGUAUUGUAGGUGAAAUAGACGGCGAUCAUCACUACAUUUGGACUCACAAGAAGUUUGACAUUGGGUACAAUGGUAAUAGGAUAGUCGAAGUCAAUCUCACCGCGGAAAAUAAAGAGCGACUCACUCCUAAUGCCAAGAUUGCAUUUACCUAUGAAGUGAAUUGGAAGAAGAGCAACAUUCGAUUUGAGGAUCGUUUUGACAAAUACUUGGAUCCAAACUUUUUCCAACACAGGAUUCAUUGGUUUAGUAUAUUCAACAGCUUUAUGAUGGUAAUAUUUUUAGUUGGCCUAGUUUCUAUGAUUCUCAUGAGAACUUUACGUAAAGACUAUGCAAGAUAUUCAAAAGAUGAUGAUUUGGAUGACUUGGAAAAGGAUUUAGGUGAUGAAUAUGGUUGGAAGCAGGUGCAUGGUGAUGUAUUUAGACCUGUUCCACACUUGGCCCUGUUUUCUGCCCUUGUGGGUGCUGGUUACCAACUUACAGUGGUAACUCUAGCUGUUAUUAUUUUCACUAUUUUUGGUGAGCUGUACACAGAAAGAGGUUCUUUACUUUCUACUGCCAUUUUUAUAUAUGCUGCCACUUCUCCUGUGAAUGGCUACUUUGGUGGUUCCUUAUAUGCAAGAAUGGGUGGAAAACUAUGGAUAAAGCAAAUGUUACUCUCGGCUUUUCUGUUACCAGUUCUUGUUUGUGGCACAGCAUUCUUUAUUAACUUUAUUGCGAUGUACUAUCAUGCGUCUCGAGCAAUUCCUUUUGGCAGUAUGAUUGCAGUUAUGUCAAUAUGUACAUUUAUUAUCUUACCCCUUACAUUAGUGGGAACAGUCCUUGGAAGGAACUUAGCAGGACAGCCUGAUUAUCCGUGCCGCAUCAAUGCUGUCCCUCGACCCAUUCCUGAAAAGAAAUGGUUUAUGGAACCAUUUAUCAUCAUUAUUAUGGGAGGUGUUCUGCCUUUUGGUUCUAUAUUUAUUGAAAUGUACUUUAUCUUUACUUCAUUCUGGGCUUACAAAAUUUACUAUGUCUAUGGAUUUAUGCUUCUAGUGUUCCUGAUCCUUAUGGUUGUAACAGUCUGUGUGACCAUAGUGUGUACAUACUUCUUGCUGAAUGCAGAGGACUACCGCUGGCAAUGGACCAGCUUCCUUUCCGCUGGUAGCACUGCACUAUAUGUUUAUUUAUAUUCAUUCUAUUAUUUCCUGUUCAAGACUAAGAUGUAUGGACUGUUCCAAACAACAUUUUACUUUGGCUACAUGGCUCUAUUCAGUCUUGCUCUUGGUAUAAUUUGUGGCACAGUAGGUUAUGUGGGUACCAGCAUAUUUGUUAGGAAAAUAUAUUCAACUGUUAAAAUUGAUUGAAAACAUCCUUGAAUGGUGUUGUGUAAAAAUAUUAAUCCUAGUAUAAAUUUCUCUUAUGUAUUCAUUACAUAAAAAUGCAUAUGCCGCAUAUGACUAUUGGUGUUUUCAAAUUUAAAAAAAAAAA